AUGAUUUUAUUGUUAAUAAUCUCAGCAGCAUAUUCAAUUGACACACAAAAAUACUGGGAAGAACAAAUCAAACAAAAUUAUCCUCAAGUCCAUUACUCUGCUACUAAAGUUGGACAAGUAAGUAAACCAAGUAUUUCACAAUAUCAAAUAUUCCAACAAAGAAUGAGAAUGUUAGAAGAAUCCUCUAAGAAAGAAAUUCAAGAACUUAAAAAACGUAAAAAAGAAAUUAGAAGAAGAAUUCUUCAAGCAAGAAAAAAUUAUAAUUCUUGGGUUAUUGAACAACAACAAAAAAUGUUAAUGGCUUAUAAACAAGGAAAAGAAAAAAUUUAUAAACAAGACGAAGAAAUCAGAAAAAGUAAAUUAAAAGAAAUGAAUAAUCAAUUCAAAUUAUGGAAGAAACAAUUUCAAGAAAAGAAAUUAGAAUUUGAAAAACGAUUUGAAAGAGAAGUUGAAUCUAUUAAGAAAGAAAAGAAUGAACGAGCAAAAAUUAUUAGUCAAAUUAUGGUUGAAAGAGAACAAUUAAGUGAUUUGUUAAAGAAACAAGAAACUCAUUAUUAUUAA